UCCGGCCCGGGUGGAACAAAGCGGAUAAAGAUGCGUUGAUUUUAUUUCUGACAGGGCUGUGUUAUUAGCAAGUUAUUAGCAUUUUGGAUGUGUAAAAUAGAAACAGACUUAAACGCCAGACGUGGCUCUGCUCAGGCUGAUUCCAGUCCACACUGAUCUCAGGUUAUCAACUGUCUGAAAUGCAAAGCGAAGAGGAAGCUCGUGCUAUUGAGACAGCUGUAAGAGCAGCUGUAUUGAGUGUGGUGGAAGUGGUAAAUCACAUCAACACAAUCCGACUUGAGCAUUAUCAAAGAAAGGUUGCUGAACGGGACAAGGAAAAUGCUGUUCUCAGAGCAGAGAUCAUCAAGGCAGAGGAAGAACUGGUAUUUCUGCGGCGGCUGAUGGGCUUGCAACAAAGUGAACACCUUGUCGCAGCGCCGAGCACUGAGUUACAGGUGCAGGCAAAGGAGAUAAAUAUGGGCACCCAUCAUCCAAAACGUGCAAGGGAAACUGACCAAAGACGCGUAAAACAGUCAAAAGUCACAGCGUCCAUCAUGAGUGCAGCUGAAAAGCAGAGGCUGUAUCGUGCCCGCCGAGAUGCAGACCCCAGGAGAAGGGCAGAAUAUCUUGAAUCGGAGAAAAAGAGAUGGAUGAAAGAUAGGUUGUCUGGGAAGAAGAAACUCAUCAACGAGCGCAGCCCGAAAGAGAGGAGUGUAAUUAGGAGGAAGUGGAGGUUAGCCAGUGAGAGGAGAAGGGCAUCAAAAGUCAGCAUCCAAUUACAAACAGCACUAAAUUCUGAAGGGUCACAUCCACAAGAAGCAGGAAGUGAUUCUGAGUUCCAGUUUGAGUGUUUGAGUCUGGAAACAACCACGUCAGUUCAAGGGUCUUCAGCUCCGGUGAUGUCACCAUCUCACGACACGGGAGGACACAUGGACUUCACCGGCUUCAAUUUGCCUCUGGUCAAAGAGGAGCGUGCAAAAUCAGACACUGUUUACAUUAAGUGUGAGGUGAAGGAGGAGAACGCCAGUGACUCUCUGGAGGACGUGUCCACUCAUCAAGACCACAGUUUUCUGUCAUGCACUCUGGAAAGAGAGACUCUGGACAGCUACAGCUUCACCCAUCAUCAUCACCCAUCAGAGGUCCAGUCGGACACCAUAAGUGGCCAUAGUGCUCCACAAGAAGACGACAGACUGCCCUGCUCUCUCCCAAGGCGUGGAAAAACAGAAGGGUAUGAUGAUAGCAGAGAGAGAUUGAGACGGCACCGGGAGAGGGUCCGUGCCGACCCAGUGAAGCACCAAGCCUACCUGGAGAAGGAGAGACGCAGGUACCAGCAGAGGAAAAAGCCAAUUCAUGAGUUGCCUGAAGAGAUGCAGAGGCACACGAGGGAGGUGUGGAGGAGAGCAGCCAGAAGAAAACGAGACCGGGAAAAAUCUCAAACUGGUUAUUGGGCACAGCCUCUCUGACCACAUGUUACAUAUGGCUGGAAAAAUGUUUUUGUCUUGUUUUGUUUGUUUGCCUGCUUGCUUUGCAAAAAUGCACUAUUUCGGUCACAGUCAAGUGGACCUUUUGGAAGGUACAAACCCAAACCCAAACCCAAAAAAGAUUUGGAAUAGCACUUUUAAAUAAAUGGUAUUAUUAUUAUUAUUAUUAUUAUUAUUAUUAUUAUUAUAAAGAAGUUGGGACAAGUUUAAUAAAUUAGUCUUACCUUACCAUAGCCUCGUGGUAAUUUCAUUCGCACAGAGGGUCUACCAAAGGAAUUAAGAAAUGAGUUUCAUUUGAGUGAAUUCUAUUGAAGUUUAAAAUGGCCCAGAUGUAAUAUGGAGGGAAAUGGGUAUUGAACAGAAGCCUAUACAGUACAUGGCAAGGUCCGGCAUGAAAUAGUGUACGUACUUGUAGAUUGUAGAACGAGAUAUUGGAGGACACUUCACAAUUAAAAACGCUAACUGUUCAGAAGCAUUGAUUUAAAUUUCAAGUGAGCACAUAUUUCUCUCAUAACACGAAUGAUCUUGGCUUAAAGGGACACUGUGCAGGAAAUGGUCAAAAAAGGUAAUGCAACUAUGCUGCUCAUUGAAACUGGGCUGCCUAUUGCCAAAUUUGAUCUUUACAUGAAAGUUUACUAAGGAGAAAACAAAUAUUUUCUAGUAUGGUCCAAGUAGAGUCAUUUUUGCAGCUAAAAAUGGCUAUUUUUGGAAAUUCAAAAUGGCGGACCAUGGAGAAGAUCCCCCUUUUCAUGUAUGAAAAGUGUAAUUUUUCCAGUCAUAAUGAAUACUUAGAAUUUGAUGGUGGUGGUAAGUAUUCAUGAAAAAGGUAACAUUUGUGAAUGGGCAGUAUGAAUUCUGGAAAUAAACAAUUAAAAAUCUCACACAGUGUCCCUUUAAACAACUGAUAUGAUGGCAGAUUUGAGAAUGAUAGUGGAGUAUGUUGCUUUUAUUCACCAUUUCUCAACUGUCACAACUUUUUUGGAAUUGGGUUUAUGGCCUACUGUAUUUUACUGACUGGAGGCAGUAAAAAACAAGUGCUCUCUUUGUCAAUUGAAAAUACAUGUACACAGAAUUUGGUUUACAUUGUGUUUUUGUUUUCUAUGUCAAGUUUACAUUCUGCCAGAGGCAAUAAAUGUUUCCAUUUGAUGUGAA